UGCGCACUGCCGCCCAAUCCGGAAGAGACGAGUCCGACAGGUCCGUGCGCGUCCGUGUACACCUGAAAGUCUGUAGUAGGUCAGCAGUUCGGCAUUUAGAUUUGGCAGCGUGAAGGUUUAUCGAGUUUGUCAUGUUCAACUGUCUUGGAGGCUGUGUAAAGAGAUAAGGGGCGCGUUUCCUCUGUGUCGAGUUGCAACAUUGCUCUUCGCAUCGAGUGCAUCACUCGAGUACAUAAGCUUUUGACGCACUGCAGGCUUAGAAAAAAUACAAAAUAAUGGGAAAGAAAAAGGGAAGAGAUCGUCGUCGACAAGCAGCUCAAGAGUCUGGCAACACAGAGCCAAUUCCUGCAAAGGAGAAUGGCAGCGUUUCCACUAGUGGUGUCCCUGACAGUGCAAAGGAGGCAGCUACCUACAAAGAAACACAGCAUGUCGUUCCUGAUGGUGCAGGUCGCGGUCGCGGUCGUGGUCGUGGUCAGACACCUGCACAGCAGGCAGGACGUUUGCCUGGACAGCAAAGCUUACCACAGGGUAGGCCAGGCCCUGCUGUGGGGGGCAACGAGCACAUGAAUGGAGGUACCAGAGAUGUUGCAGACCGUAGCCCACCACUUGACGACCAGAGCCCCGAGCAAGACAGGAAUGGGACGUCUUUCGGAGCACGCCCUAAGCCGCAACCACUUGUUCCUGCAAGACCCCGUACCCCGCAGCUUGCGCGACGGCCAGGUUACGGAACGAAAGGGACCCCGAUCGCCCUCCUCUCCAAUUCCUUCGCAAUGACAAUUCCAAAGGGAAUGUUAUUUCACUACGACGUCGACAUCAGGUCAAGUUCCUGUCAGGAGCAGGAGCAAGUGAAGUUGAAAGGCAGCGCAAAAUAUCGCUGCAUCGGAACGAAGCUGAAUCGUGCGAUCAUAGACACCUUGGUGAAGCAGAAAGGUAGUAUUUUUGGAGGAGCAGUGCCAGCAUUCGAUGGUCGAAAGAACAUCUACCUGCGGCAGAAACUUCCAGAAGACGCUUACACGGAGACGGUUUCCUUGGACAGGGAGAACAAGUCGGACGCGUUCAUCGUGACAAUUAAGUUUGCUGCGGCUCUGUCGUGGGAUUCUAUUGAGCGGGUCUACAAAGGAGCAUCACAAGAGGACCCUUCUCCAGUAAUGCAAGCUCUACAUUGCAUCCUGAAACAUGGACCAACUAUGACGUACACACCCAUUGGAAGGUCGUUCUUUCAGAACAGAGUCGCAGACCUCGGAGGCGGCAAGGAGGUUUGGUUUGGAUUCACGCCUUCCGUGCACUUGGGCCAGUGGAAGCCAUUUCUGAACCUCAAUGUUACAGCCACCGCAUUUUACAAGAAGGGACCACUUGUGGAGUUCAUCGGGCACGUGGUUGCCAACAACCCUGACCACGUCAGGUCAUUGAAUGGGAGCCCAUUGUCGCUGAGAGACAUUAAGAAGGUGGAGUCGAUCAUUAAGAACUCUAAAGUGAGGCUCAACCACCUCUCCUACCGCCCAAGCAAAAGGGUAUGUGGAUUGACCAAAGAACCAGCGUCCCAUGUCAUGUUCAAUGAGAACGGCAAGCCAACGACUGUUGCGGCCUACUUCAAACAGCAGUACAGGGGCCUUCAAUACCCCAAUCUGCCAUGCAUUGUAUCCGGCAGCAAGGACAAGCCUGCGUACUAUCCUGUAGAACUGUGCGAGAUUCCCGAGAACCUCCACUGCAGGAAGAAGUUGGAACCGCAAGAAACUGCCCAGAUGAUACGGCAGGCGGCCAUUCCUCCUGAUCAGCGGUUCAAGGCUAUCCACGACAAGGUGGAGUCAUUAAUUCAGGAUAAGAACUCGAUUAUCGAUAGUUUUGGCAUCACCAUUAAUCCGGAGUUUAUGGGAGUUUCAGCUCGCUCGCUUCAGGCUCCAAAGAUCGUUCUACAGGGCAACUCUGUGGUCCAGCCCAGAGAUGGCCAGUGGGGUUUGCAGGACAGGAAGCUUCUUUUGCCAGCCCAGAUUAAUGCGUGGGGUGUCAUCAACUUUUCAUUCCGUACAAACGACGACGUGCUCUCUUGUUUCCUGGAGAUCAUGGGCAAAGUCUGCGUAAAGCUGGGGAUUAUGCUGCCCCGUCCGAGUUUUGUGCGGAAGGUUGCCAAGGGGGCCACACUUCAAGACCUUCUUCAGAGAGCAGCUGGUGACGUCAGCGUGAAAAGCAACGUGCCCAACUGGCAGGCUUUUGUGCUAAUCGUUCUUGACUCUAGUCCGUUUACUAUUGGCAAGUACGAGGACAUCAAACUGAUAUGUGAGAACAGGUUGGGACUGAAAACACAGUGUGUCACAGGAGACAAUGUCUUCAAGGUUGUUACCAAGAUGAAGCAUCAGCCUUUCCCACAGUUGGUUGCCAAUAUUUGUCUCAAGAUCAACACAAAAUGUGGUGGCGUGAAUAACUCAUUCUGCGACAGCCUCUGCAACGGUAGCCUCUGGGGAUCCAAGCUGUUCCGAACACCAGUGAUCAUUUUAGGGGCUGACGUCAAUCAUCCUGGUGUGGACAAGAUGCAUCAGCCCUCGUUUGCUGCCCUGGUAGGAAGCCUGGAUGCCCAUCCUUCCAAGUACUACGCAUCUGUACGGGUACAGAAAAAGGCAGAACGCACAAACGAGAGGGAGAUCAUCAAGGAUCUAAGAGACAUGGUCAAAGAGACCCUCCGCGCGUUCUACAGGAACACUCAACAAAAGCCGCAGAAGAUCAUCUUCUAUAGAGACGGCGUCAGUGACGGACAGUUCAACGAAGUGCUCUCGUACGAGUUGCACGCAAUACGUCAGGCCUGCACGGAGCUCCAACAGGAUUACAAGCCGCCCAUCACUUUCAUCGUAGUGCAAAAGCGGCACAGCCAUAGGCUGAAGCCCAAGUACCCUAAAGAUGCCAGCCGUAGCGGCAACGUCCCCCCGGGGAUAGUUGUCGACAGAGAAAUCACACAUCCGGUAAACUUCGACUUCUUCCUCUGCAGCCACGCAGGAAUUCAAGGCACCAGUCGGCCGAGCCACUAUUGCGUCCUCCACGACGAUAACUCCUUCAGUUCGGACGACCUGCAGGAAUUGACGUACUCCCUCUGCCACACAUAUGCCAGGUGUGCGAGAAGUGUCUCGAUUCCUGCACCAGCCUACUACGCCCACUGGGUAGCCUUCAGGGCUCACCAGCACGCAGUAACCUCGCUCGGCGACGAAGACGCUUCGACUGUCUCGUCCGAUUUCACAGACGUGGACCUGCAGAGGUACAUCGAAGCAGUUCGUGUGAGUGAAGGCCUGAAGAGCUCGAUGUAUUUUACCUGAGACGGUAUACUGUUCAUGUCGUCUGUUUUGUGAUUCUUUUUGUUCAGUGAUUUUAUUUUAUGUUGUGAUCUUACAUUAUUUAUUCGGUUAGAUAUUAUUUUAUACCACCUAUGUCACUCUGUUUACAGAACAUAUCGUGUAUUCAGCACAUCAUAGUUUUAACUGAUGUCCUUUUAUUUCUUAUGGCGGCUUUACCCUCGUUUUUAUCAGGUUAUGGAAGGUUGUGCCUAACGUGUAACUAUCCAAUAAAGAGAAUGCCAAAUGAA